AUGUAUAACUACAUGGACAGAUCUGCACAGACAAUCAUGUUCACCGGAAACAUCCAAGCAGCUGCUCUGACUGUGAGUCCCAGCAGAUCUCAGUUCUUCGAAGGAGACUCUGUGUCUCUGAGCUGUGAGGAGAACAACAGCUCUGCUGGAUGGACUGUAUGGAGGAACACAACCAGAGGAACCAGGACUCAGUGUGGAGAAUGGGGGAAACUAGCUGGUUCUACCUGUAACAUCAGCUACCUGUUCCUACAUGACAGUGGAGUUUACUGGUGUUCGUCCAGAGAGGGAGCAGCCAGCAGCAGCAUCCAGCUCACUGUCACUGAGGAACCCCCCACCUCCCCACCUCCCACUGCUCCUCCAGGCUCCUCUUCCUCUCUUCUUCUCUACCUGUUGCUGCCUCUUGCAUCUCUGUGUUUACUGGUUCUGGUAGUUUUUCUGGUGAUCCGGUGCUUUGGUAACAGGCCUAAAGAUGACAAAGAACAAGAGGACGUGCUCACCUAUAGUGACAUCAACCUAUCAAGUCAGCCAGAGAGGACUGAGUCAAACACAGAGAGCGAUCCAGCUAUUAUCUACUCAACAGUGAGAAGAAAAGACACCAGUUAUGGAGAAAUAACCAUUAGCCACAUGGAUGACAAGACAAACCUCAGAGAGGAGGAUCCAGCUGUCAUUUAUUCAGACGUGAGAACAGAAGACAUCAGUUAUGGACAGAUAGGCUUCAGAGAAAACAGGAACAGAGAGCCUCAACCAGAGCCAGACACCAUCUACUCCUCCCUGAGAAAAUCUAAGCAAUAACACCGGCUGCCAUCGAUGUCUUUACUGAUAGACUAAUAAUUAAUAGGUGGAGUUAUUCUCAUGGGUUGCUUAUAAAGUCACAGCAGCAAUGAUGCUUCUCUGCAGUCUGUCACCUUCACCUGACUUGAUGCAUUGUGAGGCUUUCACAAUACUUCCAGCUCUGUUUGUUCAGGUUGUGGUUAAAACAAACCUCACUUCAGAACUGCAAAGAGAGAAAAAACCCACAGAGGAAGCAGCAGCAGGCUGCAGGGUGAAAAAAAGUGUGAACCUUGCUUUUUUUUUUCUUUGUGUAUGAUGACUUGUUGGUUCAUUUUUUUUUUACUUUUAAACACACAUAUGAGUCUAACAUGGUUAAUUGUGUCCAUGGACCCACAAACAGGAUUAAAGACAAGCAGCAGACAUGAAAUGUACUUAAGAUUAAUGCAAACAAACAAACAUCAACUCGUUUGAUUGGUUCCUGGAGGUUAUUUAUUAGUUUCAGACUUUAUUAGUUUCAGAGGAACACAUGAAAUGGUAUGUGGGUGACCAAACAUUUUCAGUUCCUCUUUGAAUCCUCUUCAGGUUUGUUUAAAUAGGUCAUUCACAUAGUUUAUGAUUUCCUACAGCAGCAGCUCGCUAUGGUUUCAUUCAAAGACUUUAAAAUUAAGUUAUGGCAACCUGUUUGCUGAUUAUAUCAAAUAAACUUCAGUGCUUUGUAUAGUUAUCAAAACAAGAGAAAUUGUUUUACAUUUGGGUUAUUUAUUUUUCAUUCAUUGACACAUUUAGUCACCUGGUGUCUGGGAUUGUGUCGAGGAAGCUUGUUUGAGAUGUAAAACAGUGAGUUUUUAAUAUGAAUAAAUAUUUUUUAUACCUUCAACUAUU